AGCAAGGAGAAGAGGCAGGACACAACAGUUCAUAAGAUCACAAGCACCUCCCAGAAGUGAGAGGAUGGCGGUUGAUCAGGACUGGAGCAGUGUUUAUCCAACAGCAGCUUCAUUUAAACCAGCUUCUGUGCCUCUACCAAUUCGAAUGGGUUACCCAGUGAAGAGAGGAGUACCUCCACCAAAAGAAGGCAACUUAGAACUUAUAAAGAUUCCAAAUUUUUUGCAUCUCACGCCUCCUGCAAUUAAGAAACACUGUGCAGCUCUUAAAGAUUUCUGCACUGAAUGGCCAAGUGCUUUGGACAGUGAUGAGAAAUGUGAACAGCAUUUUCCUAUUGAAAUUGAAACAGUAGAUUAUGUUUCUUCAGGGACAUCUAUUCGUAAUCCCAAAGCAAGAGUGGUGACUUUGAGAGUUAAACUUUCUAACCUGAAUUUGGAUGACCAUGCAAAGAAGAAGCUCAUUAAACUUGUAGGAGAACGGUACUGUAAGGAUACAGAUAUGCUCACAAUUACAACGGACAGGUGUCCGCUAAGAAGGCAGAACUAUGAUUAUGGCAUACACCUUCUCACAGUUUUGUACCAUGAAUCUUGGAAAACUGAGACAUGGGAGAGCGAGAAGACUGAAGAAGACAUGGAAGAGUAUAUCUGGGAAAAUAGCUGCUCUCAGAAAAAUGCCUUGGAUACAUUACUUCGAAUAAAAGCCUCAGAGAAUGUCAGUAAUGUAACUAAGGAAGAGCUUCUUGCAUCUGAAGUGGUUAAGAAUUACAGAAACUCUGUAAUUGCACUUAAAAAUGAAGGUGAAACAGAAAAUACCAUGUCUCAGUAUAAGGAAUCCGUGAAGAAACUAUUGAAUAUACAAGCAUUACCAUGAGAGCAGACUCCUCAGGUACAUCUGGUUAUUACGGAAAUAUUAAACUACUAUGUUAAUAUUUCUAUAAGGUAUGGAUACAUAAUUACUCAGAACCUUAACGAAAAAUAUGAAGCUUGAUGAUGAGUUAAUUUCAGUAGCAAUUAGAUUUUUCUUUACUGCUGGAUUUUCUUGUAAACAUAAUUUUCCUGUCCAUGAAUCUUGUUCUUUGAAUAAAGUGUGUUUUGAGUCAUACUUGUGACUUGAACAUUCUGUUCUGUGCUUUCUUAGCUUGGAGUUCCUGGUUCCGUUCUCUGCUUAAUCACAUUCUGACUUCUCACGCAACUUCUUUUGGCAUAUAAUUUAGAGCAACAGUGUCAAAACCGAUGAAAUUACUUAGGCUCCGAGUUCCAUUAAUUGAGAGUCUGAAGGUUAAGAGCUCUAAACUUUCUAAAUGCUUUCCAAAUGUCACUCAAGUUUUUCUCUAUCUGUACUCCCUAUCUGUAAAAUAAAGAUAAUGUUGCCUAAGCAGUUUAACUUUCAGAGAGGUGUUGAAGCACACUGAGUAGUGUGAGGUUCUCUGCUGUCAUCGUGAGGGCUAACAAAUACCCUAAGUAAAAAUACCUGUCUCUAAAAUGAUGGAAUAAGAUAAGGUAGAAAAUGGGAUGGUAGUGGGACAAUGAACUAGCAGUUAUUUACAGGAUAACAAAGUACAUGGGAAAGGAAGGAUGAUGAGAGUUGCUGAAAGUGAGAGCUGGUGAGUAGUGAGGUGGAUAUGUAGCUUAAUAGGAAUGGACUGAGUCUUGGUACCCUGAGGCCUGCAGAGUUGUCUCUAGAAUGUACCCAGGCUCUUCAAGGAAAAAAAAUGUUUGUAGCAUCCAGCCUACUGCUGUGAAGCACAGAGAAAUAAAUUAUAUGGAUGUUUAUCUUAUAUUGGUAAUUUGUAUUUGAAAGGAAUUGAUUUGAAACACUGGAAUCACAGGCAACUUUUAUUGCCUUCUCAUGGUUAAGAAAAAAGAAACUUAAGAAUAUCAGGUGGAAAGGACAUAAAUAACUCUAUUCUUGCUUUUAUUGUACCUUCCUGGCUUACUAAGAUUUCAGCUUAGAUCUGGAAGGGGCAGAGGGAGUUUUUAUUUAUCGGACUUAAGGAUUCUGCAUACCUAUAAAAGAACCUAGCAUGUGGCCCUGCCAGCAACUCGUUGAGAGGAAACAGCCUAAGAAUGAGGACAUUGAAAACUGAAGAGGAAUUGAUUUCUGCAGAGUGUUCUAUGUGGCUCAACUCACUCACUGCUAGGAUUUCUCAUUGUUUGUUUUGUGUUUACAUACAGCCAAAGAGUGUUGUGUGUUCCCAUUUCCAAAACAUUUCCAAUUUUGGGAAGAUUCUUCUUAGCUAGAGAUUGUUUUCAUAUGGCAGGAGACUGAGUUUAAUGUGGCUUUUUAUUCUCUAUGAGAAUUUGCCAGAGCUACAGCUAAGCUUAAAAAAUGCUUGUCCUGUAACCCCAAUUUUGCACUUACUAACUUGGUUAUUUAGUGGUCCUUUCUCUUAGAUUUGUAUUAAUGUGAAGUUUUAGCAGAAGCUUAAUAUGGGGAAAGUUUUGGCUGUUACCGGCUUGUUCCUUUAUUCAGGGAUGAUGGGGGUAAUGUUUAAAAUUCUCAUUUGAAAUAGUACAUCUGUGUAAUUCCUA